AUGCCGAGCUUCUUCCAGUUCACACAAGGCACCGAGUCCCGCGUUCGCGUCAACAAUAGCGACUCCUCGCCUCUACUAGGCCGCUAUCGCGCCGUGCUUCCUCAACAGCGUGGCCCGCGAAGGAAGACGAGUCAACUCGGUCUGCUCGCGAACAGUGGCAGUGGUAGUGUACACGUCGGGUAUGGCGCGCUCCUCGUGUCCGACAGCGACGACGACGACGACGAGGAUGGAGACGAUGGAGAUAUCGAAGAUGGGCUGAAAGCGUGGCAGAGGUGGUGGCAGCGAUGGAUCGUGGAUCUGUGGGUGAACCCGAGGCAGGCAGCUGUCAGGCGAGUCGUGGGCCAGUGGUACAUGCGGUACGGCUUCCUGGUGUUCCUUCCGGCGGCGUUGACGGUCGCCUGGUGCUCCCUACCGUUCCCGCAAUAUUCCCUCCCCGAGGAGGAGGAUGACGAGGACCAGUUGCGUGCGCCUGGGGACAGAACGCCCGGUCAUGGAAAGGCCAGGGUGCUGGUGAAUUUCUGGUUCUUCGUCUUCGUCUACUACGGACUCUACAAUGUCACGGCGCUCUUCUGGAUUACCAAGAUCUUCAACCUGUACAGCCUCAACUGGUGGCCUUCGUCCCUGGGAUUUCCCCUUACGGUGUCGAUCAUUGCGAUGCUGUCGGUUGCGGGGCCUAUUCCAAUUUAUCACAUUGACAAGACGCGCUUCCUGACGAUGCAUAACACGUCCUGGAUCUCUUGGACUUUUAUCAUCAUGGCCUUGCCGGUGGCUAUUGCCUUUCUGAUUCUGAGGAACAACGAACGCCAUCUGGGCUUGCGUAACUCGCUGUCGGAAACGCAGAGGAUCUUCACAUCGUCGUGGUGGACCAGUGACACGGAGACGUUCACCAGACGAGACAGAAGGCGUGCGCCCGUCACUGACGAUCUGUUCGACCCGACGAUCGCACCAAGUGGGGGUCUCCCACGCCCUCGAGGCAGGGCCGCACGGACGCGGUGGUUCCCCGCCAGUUUUGUUCGCUUCCUCUGGUUCUGCGUGGCGCUCUUCAUAGGGCUGAUGGCGUACGUUCUUGGCGAGGCGUAUGCUGAGCUCUACCUGCGAACGCUACCCCACGACAGUUGGGAGACGGUGGUGUAUGUCUAUGGAUGGGUGGUCACGGUGCAUCUGCUCGAUGCGCUGACAGGCUGGGUGCUUGGCAUCCGCGAGGGCGAGCGUGUAGGGAGCUACCCCUUGAGUUGGGUUUUCAAGCUCUAUUUCAUGCUCACUUACCAAACCUAUGUGCGUGCUCUCUACGCCCGGUUGCGUUCCCCAAAGCAGUUUGUCAUUCUUCAGAUUCUCUCAUCAGCCCGCCUCGUUGUCCUCACGCCCAUCAUGAUGACACCGCUUUUUCACCGCAUCUUGACGAUUCUCGGCCUUACCACGCUCUCAUUCGGAACUUACCAGAAGCUACAGACACGCAACGUCUUCAUUCGCUUCCUCGCAGAGAAUGCGUCGAUGGCGACCUUUCUCGGCAGCAUCCUCGUGGUGCACUUUGGGCCCAACAAGGAUGUCUACCCCUACUUUGCCUUUGACAAGAGUAGCGAUAGCGGAGAUGAUUAUGACUUUGACAUGACUUUCUGGGCGUCUGGCGUGACGUGGGCAUGCGAGCUUGUCGCGAGCCUGGUGGUGCGAGGGCUGAUCAGUUUCUUCUUCAAGGUCGACGUUGGAUUAGAGGGCCGGAUGGAUCUAGCCGUGUGGCCAGAGUUGCUGCCGACUUCUGUUGCGGCGACACUGCAUGUGCUCCAGAACAUGCUGUUCUCGAUUGUUCGCUUGCGGUUCAAAGCCUAG